AUGGAUACUAGUUGGAUUGAUUUACGCAAUGGGGAUCCUGCUUAUUAUAAUGGUUGCAUGAAAUUCAUUGAACUUUCAAAGGAGACUCUUAUUCAUGGAAAAACCCGAUGCCCGUGUAAUAAGUGCAAGUUAAAUAAAUGGCAUUCCGUAGAAGAUGUUGGAGGACAUGUUUUGUUAAACGGUUUCCUUAAGAAAUAUAGAAAAUGGGUUUUCCAUUGUAGAGUCGAUGAAGGGAGAAAUAACUUUGAAACCCCUAGUGAUUUAGGAAAUGCAGUAGGUCAAGAUGACAUGGGGGGGUUGCUAAGAGAAGCCUUUGGUGUUGACAAUUCAGAGUCUGAUAAUGAAUCCCAAGACAUGCACGAAAAUGAAGGUUUAUUUGACAUGCACGAAGAGUUUAAUUUUCAUUGUGAGGUAAAUAAUGAACUUCCAUCAAGUAACUCUAGUGAAGAAGAUGUUAAGUAUAAACGACUAAGGGAGGCUGCCGAUGACGGUCUAUACGAGGGAUGCACUACUUUCUCAAAGUUAUCCUUUAUUUUACACUUGUUUCACCUUAAGUGUAUGUUCCACUGGUCUGCAGAGUCAUUUACUAAAUUGCUUGAACUUCUAAUAGACACAUUUCAAAUUAAGGAGUUUCCAUCGUCUUAUUAUGAGGGAAAGAAGAUAGUGAACGAUUUGGGGUUAGGAUAUGAGAAAAUUGAUGCAUGUCCAAAUAAUUGCAUUUUAUAUUGGGGUGUAUUUGCAGAAAAAGAUGAGUGUCAUGUUUGCCAUACAUCAAGGUGGAAAACAGUGAAAGAAAAGGAGAAUAAUAAAGGUGAGAAAGGAAAAGAAAUAUGUAAGAAGGGCGAGCCAGCUAAAGUAAUGCGAUAUUUUCCUCUUAUACCUAGGCUAAAGAGACUUUACAUGUCAUCUAAAACAGCUGAGGAUAUGAGAUGGCAUUUUGUCCAUGAAGAUGAUAAGAUCUUAAGGCACCCGUCGGAUGGUGAGGCUUGGAAAAGUUUUGAUAAAAGAUAUGUAGAAUUCGCCGAAGAUCCUCGUAGUGUUAGAUUAGGUCUAGCUAGUGAUGGUUUCAAUCCAUAUCGUCUAAUGAAUACCAAUUAUAGUACAUGGCCGGUGAUUUUGAUUCCUUAUAAUUUGCCAUCGUGGCUGUGUAUGAAGCCGUCAUCAUUCAUUUUGUCCUUGCUUAUUCCCGGUAAACAUAGUCCUGGGAUAGAUAUUGAUGUGUAUUUGCAACCAUUAGUCCACGAGUUAAAGUUAUUGUGGGAAGGUGUAGAUGCAUAUGAUGCGCAUAGUGGAAAUAAAUUUAAGAUGCGAGCAGCCUUACAUUCCACUAUAAACGACUUUCCGGCAUAUGCUAUGUUGUCCGGUUGGAGUACAAGAGGUUACAAAGCUUGCCCUACAUGUGCCCAUGAUACUAGUUCAUAUUGGUUUGGCGGAAAAAUGUGCUACCCAGGGCAUCGAAAAUGGUUGCCAAUUGAUCAUCCUUAUCGUUCUCAAGGUUAUUUAUUUGACGGGACAAAUGAAUAUGGUAUUGCUCCGGUCCCUGCAAGCGGGACAGAUAUUUUGGAGGAAUUAGAUAAGGUUAAGUAUGUUUAUGGACAGUCAAAGGAAAAAUCUAAGAAAAAUUCUAAGAAAAGAAAGAGACAACAAGGUGAAACUUCUCAUGAUGAGACGGAUGAUGGUGAUGGUGGUGAAGAGGAAGCCAAUAGAGUUAUUUGGAAAAAGAAAAGUCUAUUCUUUGAGUUGGAAUAUUGA